UGCUCCGACCGCUGCCUCCUCGCCCGCUCCGCGCGGAGCCACGCAGCUCCACCCACUUCUACUACCGAUCACUCAUCAUCAUCGUUCUCACUCAGCCUCCGAAUCAUUUCAAUCGUCAUCUCCUACUUAUCCUCUUACCAUAAUCUUCUUCAUCAUUGCGGGGGGAGUGGGAGACAGAGUCGAGGAUUCGGACAUCGAAACACGGGGACAUCGGGAGACUGAGGCGUCGAGACACGGGGACAUCGGGAGACUGAGGCGUCGAGACACGGGAGGACACUGGGACACGGGCACGGACGGACACGGAGGGACACGGGAAGAGUGGGAGAGCGGGAGAUCUUGAGACCGGAAGAUCGUGACAUCUUCUUCGUCAGCAUGGAGCACUACUAUACGAACCGCGCUCUGGAAGAUGACGGAGGACCUGGGGAUGCGCGGAUCCUCAAGCUCAACCGACAGCGGGAGUUGAUGGAGCGCAAGCGGCAGCAGCUGCGGCUGGCGCCCAUGACGGUGCAGCCCAACCCGGAGGCCUCGCGCCCGCGCUCCGGGCGCAGCUCCCGGAGCGCGGGCGGAGGGGGAGGCACCGCGGCCGCGGCGGCGGCGGCGUCACGCCGGCUCGACGAACUGCAGCAGCCGCUCGUCGGGCCCGACAGCUCCAGCAGCAGCAGCCUCAUCUUCAGCGGUUACGAGGGUCCGGCUGCGUUCUCGGAGCCGGAUGCGAGCGAGCGCGGUGGUGGCGCGGUGGUGCACAUCCUGUCGGUGAGCGAGUCCAGCACCGACGACGACCACCUCGUCACCGCCGUCUCCAUAGCGACCGCCUCCACUGCCCCCGCUACCGCCACGGAGACGACCACAACCACCGGCCGACAGCCGCAACGAUCGCCAAGGCAACCGGCAGGGCACAGGGCGAACCACCUGCGGGAGGUCAUGCAGCAGCAGGGAAUCUCUGCGAGUGUCCCCUCUGAUGAUGACGCAGAUGAGAACGAUGGCGAGGGGGAGGAGGUUGAGGAGGAGGACGACGAAAGCCUGGGUCAGGCCGUGAGUCCUGGGCCCCCCAGUGUGGGGGGCGGCCCCCGACCCAACUCCGCCAGCAGCAACAAGUCGGGCAAGGCAUCCCCGGACGCGGCGGCCCCCAGCGCGAGCGACUCGCUGGACCUGGAGAGCCUCGAGGAGUUCGCGGUGAGGCCGGCGCCGGAGGGGGCGGCCGUCAAGUGCCGCAUCACCCGCGACAAGAAGGGCAUGGACCGCGGAAUGUUCCCCACCUACUUCCUGCACCUGGAGCGCGACGACGGCAAACGCGUGUUCCUGCUCGCUGGCCGCAAGCGCAAGAAGAGCAAAACCUCCAACUACCUCAUCUCCACCGACCCCACCGACCUCUCCCGCGUGGGCGACAGCUUCGUGGGGAAACUGCGCUCGAACCUCAUGGGCACCAAGUUCACGGUGUACGACAGCGGCGUGAACCCGGACAAGGGCAUCGCCCUGGGGGACGGAUCCAACAUCCGGCAGGAGAUGGCAGCCGUGUGCUACGAGGCGAAUGUGCUGGGGUUCAAGGGCCCCAGAAAAAUGACCGUCGUCAUUCCCGGCAUGAGCGCCGAGCACGAGCGCGUGCCCUUCCAGCCACGCAACGAGCACGAGUCGCUGAUGAGCCGCUGGCAGGCGAAGCGCCUGGACGGGCUGAUCGAGCUGCACAACAAGGCGCCCGUGUGGAACGACGACACACAGAGCUACGUGCUCAACUUCCACGGGCGCGUCACGCAGGCCUCCGUCAAGAACUUCCAGAUCGUGCACGACGACGACCCCGAGUACAUCGUGAUGCAGUUUGGGCGCGUGGCGGAGGACGUGUUCACCAUGGACUACAGCUACCCCAUGUGCGCGCUGCAGGCGUUCGCCGUGGCGCUCUCCAGCUUCGACGGGAAGCUGGCGUGCGAGUGACGCCUCCCCCACGGCCCCCCACGGCUCCCUACGGCCCCCCACCUCCCAUCCCAUCCGUGGGUCUUCAUUCACUCGACUCCCCCCCCCCCUCCCCGCCUCUUUAUUUAUCGAUCACUCGGUGCUGCCCCUGGCUGCAUGCGCCUCUCGUCUAGAACGUUGACGAAAGCACAAAUGCGCAGCGCACGGCCCACGCCUGGGAGCUCCCGAAGUUUCUUCUCUCCGCCCCAAUCCUCCUCCUCCGCCACCUCCUCCACCCCAACCGUGGAGUUGUCGGCACAUUCCGUGGACAGAGUCCACCCCGUGCGGCUAGGGCGCCAGCGUUGACGAACGGUGCCCCUUGACGUCGUGGCGACGGUGAAGACGGCGACGAUGAAGGCGGCGACGAUGAAGAUGGCGACGGUGAAGACGGCGACGGUGAAGACGGCGACGGUGAAGACGGCGACGGUGAAGACGGCGACGGUGAAGACGGCGACGGUGAAGACGGCGACGGUGAAGACGGCGACGAUGAAGACGGCGAUCUCUGGGCGGGUGACGGCGCGACCUCAAACGACCUCGCUUGACCUAGAGCCCGCGGCACCGGAACGCACGACGCAAACAAAACUGCGACAUGGGAACCGGAAUCCCUUCCCCCCCCCCCCCCCCUCAUCGACGAGGUGAAACCUCCUCCACGCCCCUUCCCCCCACCUCUGGGGAGGAACUCGACCAAUGUAAAUUCCCGAGAAAGGCCGGGGGAGGAGGAGGAGGGAGCGCAGCCACCGCGGGGAGGGGACGGGGGGCACAGCUCCUGCCGCAGUGGCGCUGCUGCUACUGCUGAUGAUGCUGAUGCUGCUGCUGAUGAUGCUGAUGCUGCUGAUGAUGCUGAUGAUGCUGCUGCUGAUGAUGCUGCUUCUGAUGCUGCGCAGCUGUCCUGCGUGCUUCCCCGAUUGUGCUGCAAGCGGUUCGGUUCGGCACGUUGUCUGACGUUAUGGCUCACGCUGAUAGACUGGGGUAGGUGGCACGUCACUAAUAGUAGUAGUAGUAGUCCCCACGGGAACUGGUAGUAGUACCCACAGGUUCCUGAAGAAGCUCCUGGCACGUGGAGCGAAACGUCGGACAUCACGCCGAACAAUAACACGCGGCACAACGCGACUCAGGGAGCCGCUGCAGGAGGGUCCCAGUAGGCUCCACUCCGGGCCCCGAGGGCUCCACUCCGAGCCCCGAGGGCUCCACUCCGGGCCCCGAGGGCUCCACUUUGGGCUUCGAGGGCUCCACUCCGGGCCCCGAGGGCUCCAUGGAGCCGCACAGGGGGACGGCGAUGGGGCCUCGGUGUCCACGCGAGAGCGAGCGACCCGUUGCGUCCACGUGGACGCCUCUGUGUUUCGUCACGUCAUGCACGUGACACGCGGAGCGCGACUGCGAUUGGUCGCCGCGUUUGGGGCUCAACUUGUUGCACGACGACUCGCUCAGACGUGGCCCCCCCAGCGGUCACGAGGCGAGGGCGCCGCCGCGUGGCCGCGCCUCGCACUGCGAGCUCAGGGGACCGGCUCCAUGGGGCGCUGGUAGACGAGAGCACGUGGCGCGUGGCUACUCGCAGUCAUAGUGAGAGCUUAUACUCGAUGUGGUGUGCCGGGUAGGUAAUGUUUUUGGGGUCAACGAUCCAAAGACUAGACCCGGCUGAAAGGAAACCGUGUUCCUACACAAGUCUGCGUUCGUCUAUGGGUUAAGUCUGCGUGUCCUUUUGUCACGGGAGUCUGUGUUCAUAUAUGGGUCGUAUCUGAGUUUAUGGGUUCUAUGUCAGUCUGUGGGUUUCUGUGUAAGUCUGUGGGUCCUAUAUUAGUCUGCGGAGCCUACGUUAGUAGCAUACGUUAGUCAAUAGGUUAAGUCUAUAGGUUUUAUAUUCUUAUUUGGGUCAUUUAAGUUUGUGGGUCCUAUGCUAAUCUGUGAGUCCUGUGUGAGUCUGCAGGUUAUAUGUUAGUCUGUGGGUCUCUGUGUGAGUCUGCAGGUUCUAUGCUAGUCUGUGGGUCUCUGUGUGAGUCUGCAGGUUGUAUGCUAGUCUGUGGGUCUC